AAACAUUUCGGGGAUUAAAUCGGCCAUUAUGGGUUCCUUCUCGGCGAUCAGACUCUAGAGAGGAUAGAGAAGUGUUUGGUUUAUUAAUGGGCUCUUCCAAUUAAGGAUAUAUUUUAAUGCACACGUUUCUGGAAGCAAACUCCAUUGAACUCGACGUGAUUUACUUUCUGAGUUAAUAUGCAUUUGGUUUUUCUGCACGAGUCUCCACAACUCAAAUCUCUCUUCAGCCACGAACUCGCUAAGUAACAGAAAAUACACCUGCGAAAUGGGGACAAUGCUGAUCUACCUUGCGUGGUUGUUGUAAGAAUUAGGUCAAGAUAAUGGAAGAUUGAUAUUUUUUAGCUAUUGAAUCCAGUUGGAAGAAUAAUACCUUGAAAAACAGCAAGACAAGCAGAGAAUGUCAGUUGUUUGUUGUCUAUCAUCUGGGUGGCUAUUGGACCACCUCUCCUUCAUAAACAAGUCUGUCUACCCACUGUGCCAUUCCUAUGAUCAUUCUGCCUGGACCUUUGUUGAUUAUUCUCCUACUGCUGCUGCUUCAGAUGCGGCUGUCGUGGCUGCAACCCUUGGUACUAAGAACUCUUGCAGGAAAGAUUCUGUUUAUAAGAGAAAGGCUAUGGGAGAAAAAGCAAGUCUAAUAGCAAAGGAGAUAUAUGUUUUUCGGGAAGAUUUUUUUAAUGUGCUGAAGCCCCAUAUAACUGCAAAAUUUCAAAUGGAACUCCAGCAAAAAAGCUGUGAGGUUGGUCUAGGAAAUGGUGGAUCAGAACAGCAGGAAAGAGUCAAGACUGGUGAUUCUUACUGUACAGCUAAAGCUAAAAAGAAACGAAAAAGAAGCAGUGAACUUAACCAUGGUGAACGUGAUGCCUUAGAAUAUCAUUUAAAGAUCAGUGGUUUGAUUUCAGAUGGUACCAGGAGUUUAGUCCAGGAGGGGCUCAGAAGUGGUUUCCUUCAAUCUAGUACUACAAAACAGAUUCGUUCCAAGACUGCUGUUAUAGGACACAGUGAUUGUGGUUUAGCUGAAUUGUGUGAGAUGGCAAAGCAGUUUCCUUCUGUGAAUGAAAGAGAACAAAGUGUUGUAUGUGUCAUAAAUGAGGAAUCCCCUGUUCCACAACAAGUUCGGGUUUCCUGUGUUACAGAAAAUACCACAAACUAUGCAAAGAUGAUAACAUUAAUGGGGCAGAAGUACCUCUUUCCCCCCAAAAGCGCUUUUCUGUUAUCUGACAUUUCUUUUAUUCAGCCGCUCUUGGACUAUAAAAAAAAGUUUGGCAUAAUAGUAAUAGAUCCUCCCUGGGAGAACAAGUCUGUUAAAAGAAGUAACAGGUACAGCUACUUGUCUCAUUGGCAGAUCAAGAAAAUUCCUGUUCCAGCACUGGCAGCCCCUGAUUGUCUUUUGGUCACAUGGGUGACUAACAGACAGAAGCAUUUAUGCUUUGUAAAGAAUGAACUUUAUCCCCACUGGUCUGUUCAUGGAGUGGCAGAGUGGUUCUGGGUGAAAAUUACAAGGUCUGGUGAGUUCGUAUUUCCAUUAAAUUCUUUUCACAAGAAGCCUUAUGAAGUUCUUGUGUUGGGCAGAGUCCAGGGAGAAACAGAUGUGCCAUUAAGUAGGAUUUCAGAAAGUGAAGUGCCUCCAAUUCCUGAUCAAAAAUUAAUUGUGAGUGUACCUUGUACUCUUCACUCUCACAAACCUCCUCUUACAGAGAUUCUGAAAGGAUAUGCCAAGCCAGAUGUGGAAUGUUUGGAGCUGUUUGCUCGGAAUUUGCAGCCUGGAUGGACCUGUUGGGGCAAUGAAGUUCUCAAAUUCCAGCACAUGGAUUACUUCACUGCAUUACCGAAUAAAAGUGACAAGUGAGACCCAACUAUAUGUUGGGGUUCAUUUGGUCAUUCUAGACUGCAUCUUUACCAUCAGCGCUUUACUUGGGAAGCAGUAUGAAUAAUCUGGAAAUCAACAUGAUGUUUUUGAAAUCUUUGUGAUAGCAUUAUGGUGAUACCUUAUUUGUUCCUGGAUUCAUAUAUGUUCUCUUCUGCAGCAGGAUGACUUUUGCAAUCAUCUUGUGGAAUUUAAUCAUUUGGAUCACCAUGUAAAUAGCCUUUAAAAUUGACCAUGCCCUUACCAGUUUGGUGCCAGGUGCGUAUGUGCAUUGAAUCAUCCUAUAUUAUUAUUAUUAUUUCUAUGUUGCCUUUCAAACAAAAAGGCCCCCAAGGCAGCUCUCGGAGGUUCACACAUACUAUAAAUACAGAAUUCAAAUAUAAUUGAACUUACAAAAAUUUAAGACAAAAUCUCACCAUUGUACAAAAGACUACAUGUCAAAUACAUCCAUAUUCCUGCCCAAAGGUAAAAAGCAGUUCUCUCUCCCCACGCCAAUAAAGAAUGUCAGAGACAAAGGAGAAGUAAAUCCUUGAGGACCAGGUCCUCCUGAUAAGAGUCCCAGGCAAGGGGGCAGGGCAUGGCAGAUGAAAAACCUUACCCUUUGAUGGGUCCAACACAGCCUCUUCUGGGGGUGGGGGAGAGUGUAUAUUUGUGUAAAUGAAAAAAAAAGGGAGUCAAAAGUCAAGUGUGAUCAUGUCACAUUGAAAGCAAUAAUCAUGGCCAACUUUUAUUGAUGUGUGGGAUUUCAUCAUGAUUAACCUUUAGAUUGAAACUUAUGACUAUAUUUUAAUAUUCCUUCUCCAGUUUACAGGACUAGAAUUUCACUGAAUAUGUAUUAAAAUAUGUUUUACAGUGGUUACUGCAAUAAUAAAUUAGUUUUAGAAUGAAAAAAUGCUUACGUUCUUCUCUCCCCUUAGGGUUUACUUUGGGGGGGGAGUGUUCAAAUAAAAAUUACCGUGUGUUUAUAUUCAAAACUAUAAGAAAAGGAAUAUCUUAAGAAAUAAUAACCACUAUUUAAAAGAGAGCAGAAUACAUCUGGCUGUACUACAAAUUAGAUAAACUUCAGAUUGCUCGGUGUGCUGUUAAAUUUUUAAAUAAGCUCUCAGUGUUCACAAGUAGACUGGGGUUUUGUACUUCAAUAAU